UGCUUUUCCUGGGCCUAGAAUCAAUGUGGGCUCUCUUAGGGCCCUCGAGCAAACACUCGGACUUGGCCAAGCCCAUGGCAGGAAGUGAAAGAGAAUCAUCUCCUAAUUCCAUACGCUGUGAAAGGCCGAGGGCUAAAGCAACUCUGGGGAGUGUUGUCUGGAAGCGUUCAGUUGCUGGACCUCUUGGAGGCAGCAUGCAUCUGGGACUCCUCUUCUUCUUCCUACCUUUGUUUAUGUUCCCCUCAGCUGAGGAUCCAGAAGCAACCUCGGACUCUUACUGGUCAGGCACAGCUCCGUUCUGUUUCGGAAGCUGCAGAGGGAAGCACAAGGAGGUGAAGCGAAGCCCGUGCGGGGACGGCAGCUGCUGUUGGUUUGGGUCCAAGGCAUUUUGUCGAGUCAACUGCGGGCAACCUGAAGUGGGGCCGAACUCGAUGGUCUACGGCAAUGACUGGUGGGUGAACUCCGUGGUGCGCUACAGUUGCCAGCCUGGCUUCUUGCCGGUGGGAGAUCCUGUGAGCGUCUGCCAAUCCGACGGGUACUGGACCCCCAAGCUGACUUGCCUUCGGAUUUGCCUCCAAGGCCGUGUUGAAAUCAGCAAGCGAGACGUCACUGGCGGCUGCUCCUCCACCUGCCCCGACGUGGUUAACUCGACGGCCAUUCUCCAGCACGACUGUGUCAAGAUCUCCGCCUGCGUCACAAAGCCAGCGGGUUGGAUCUUCUGGUUCAGCCGCUGUGACUUCUGUGAGUGUGACUGUUACGUCCCCUGCGCUGACUUGGCAUAAAGGCCGGGACGGACGGGAUGUCUGCUGUGUGUGCCCGGACACCCAACUUGCAUAUGUGCAAGUGAAGUGUGCUGACACUGGUGGAUCAUAAGCACACUGAGUCUUCUCUGGCUUCUGACCUGCCAGUGAAAUGGACUUUACUGGGCUUCUUCCUGGACUCUCAUCUUCCUAACUAGUUUGAGGAAACAGAUGGAUAGAACCAACAGUUCGUGGAUUCCUCACUGGCAAAGCACAGUGAUUGUUGCGUGGACUGCCUGGGCACCAGUAUUUGUUGGAACAAGGCGCCGACUCUGGAUGGGCCAGUGAGGAGUAACAGUCAAGGGCUCAGUGAAAGAGCCACGGCUUUGUGUGCAGAGGGACCUGGGUUCAGUUCCUGCCAUGUGGCUUCUUAUGCGAAAGGAACUCCGGGGCCAAGAGACACAACCUGAGCCACUCCAAAGAGCAAACACAGAUCCAACAGCCCAGAUGGCUCUUUGAGUGUGUUAAAUGCCUUCAAGUCACCUCUGGCUCCUGGCAAACCCAUGAACCAAUGUCCUCCAAAACAUUCUCUUGCUCAUGGUGUUACUCCUAUCUUGCAAAUGAUGGGCCGUGGCUUUGUUGAUUGAGUCGAUCCAUCUCACAUUGGGACUUCCUCUUUUUCUCUGGCCUUCGACUUUUCCUUGCGUUAUUGUCUUUUCCGGUUACUCUUGUCCCUUCAUUGUAUGACCAAAGUACAACAGCUUCUGUCCAGUCAUUUUAGCUUUUAGGGACAGUUCAGACUUGAUUUGAUCUAGAACCCACU